CUGGACUGGAGUUCCGAUCCACGACAACGAUAGCGUCGACGUCGAGCCACUCACGAACACCGGAUCGAGUGGUCCAACCUCACCAGCCAGCCCAUCUCAUCGCAGUCAACCCUACAAACGACCGCCCAAGAUGCGAGGGACCCUCCGACUGCUCGCGAGCGUCAAGCCCGUGCGGUUCCUCGAACCCGGCGCACCCACCGGCCUGACAGGCCUCUUCGCCAACGCGUCCCCCCGAGCGACCCUCCUCUACCUGUACUCGAGCACCCUCGACAGGCUGCAGGCCGUCCCCGAGACGUCCCUCUACCGCCAGUCGGUCGAGGCCGUGACAAAACACCGCAUGUCGCUCGUGCAGUCGGUGAAGCCAUCGGGCUACGACGAGUGGCUGGCAAAGGCGCGGCAGAUCCUCGAGAAGCACCCGGAGCACUUCAAGGAGGCGGCGCACAAGACGGCGGACGGUUCCCUGGCCAAGGGCGUGGAGCGGGGCGGCAACUUCUUCGUCCUGCGGCAGACGGAGGUGGAUAUCGACGGCCGGUACAAGGAGUGGGAUGGUGAGGAGGACGAGGGCCCCGAGAAGGAGGGCAGCAGGACCCUGGAGGAGAGGGAGGACCAGUCGCUGAUCUCCUCGCGGGAUCCUUUCGAGGGCGAGGGCAUCGAGUGGACGGAUGAGCCCAAGUUGACGAUCGAUCAAGUUGAGGAGCUCGAGAACAAAAUCGGCGCUGGGCUUAUCGAAGAGGUUAUUCAGGUUGCCGAGGGAGAGCUGAAGCUCAUUGACACGAUGGUGCAGUCCAAGCCAUGGGAGAGCCUCGAGGAGAAGCCCAAGGAGGGACAAUGGAAGUACUUCGAAAGGAAGGAGUAAAGGAAGUUGGAGCUGGGAAAACCCUGAAUUGAAGAAAGACUGGCCUACAAUGUACAGUAGCAGGGAAGCUUGUACAGAUCUACAGCUGCCACCACAAGAGUGCCAAAAAAAAAAAAAACACCCCUAGAUCCACUCAGAUGGAGUCAACCACACCCCCCGGAUAAUCGUCGUUCAUCAAAUACUCAUUCUGGCAAAAGAAGAAAUGCACCCCCCAAAAGGAAGAACAUAGAACGUGUUUCCGUCGUGGGUCAAACCCAUGUGAAGACAUGAGAAGAUCAGAAAACAUGGGUUCAUGUGCCACUGCCCUGAGAGAUUGCUAUGAACCAACCGCCAAAGCCACGCUUUUCAUAUGGUGUGGGCGCUUGCAACCGUGAUAGCCGCAGGAGUGAGCUUUGCCACUGAACCAUGUCACAGCAGAAACAGUGCUGAUUGAAGCAAUUGGCCUCAUAACAAGGUCGAAUAAUGAUACCUGGUCUUCCAGACAUUGUCGGAUGCGGACAAAGAUGUCAACGAACAAGCAUGUAAAACCAUUUUACCAAGCGCACAGAAAGCACUAAAGAGCCGUCAUGCAAAUGAGUAGAGUCUGUUGAAA